AUGGGCGUUUUUGAUCAUUUAACACGCACACGUCUUUACUUGAUUGGUUAUGUAUUUCUCGGUCUACUUUCAUUAUCGUUACUGAUUACGGUGAUUGUCCAAGGACACAAGUCGAAAUCCCAAUCGAAUGACAGUACCAUUCCGAGCACUGAUGCUUGUCUUACAGAUGGAUGUAUAUCAGCAGCAACAUAUCAACUACGAUCAAUGGAUAGUUCAUCAGCAUCAAAUUUAUGUUCAGAUUUUUAUAAAUACGCAUGCGGCGGAUGGGAACGAACACAUCCGAUCCAGUCGUAUGAGGUUGAACGCACUAUACUUGGAGAUAUACUUGAUCGACGCGAUGCUGAGAUCGAACGUCUUCUUAAUUCGCCAAUUGUUCAAGUUGGUGAUCGCAGUUGGGAAUAUAAAGUUAAAACUUACUAUUCCGAAUGUCUUGAUGAUUAUGCGCGUUUACCCGAUAGUUCGAAAUACAUGAUCGGACUCUUACAAGAUAAUGAUACUGUCGAUGGAUGGUUUCUAAUCGAUAAUAGCGCACCAGGUGCUAGUCAAGAAUUUCUCUUGAAGAAUCAGUCACUUUAUCAACAAUUAGAACACAUUCAUGGAGAUUUUGGUGCCCUAGCAGUAUUUGGUAUUCGCACAAGAUUCGAUGAAACCGAUUCAAGCGUCAAAAGACUUGAAUUCUUUCCAGCUGGUCUAUCUAUGGAAAUUAAUGAUUAUCUUGGAACUGAUGCUGUGUCCGAAUCACGUCGUGCAGCUUUUCAACUCUAUAUCAUUCAAGUCUGUGGCUUAUUUGCCCGUGAUGCCAAUGUCAAGGAUAAAAACCUCAGCGAUCGAACAUUUACUAUUGCCAAUGAUGUAUAUACCGUCGAACGAUAUCUUGCUGAAAUUCUUCAGCGUAAUCCUUCGAGUGGUAAACCUGAUAUAACAACUUUACAAGAUAUGACCACUGAAUUCAUGUUUAAUUUUCAACUAUUAAUGGGACAUGAAUUGGCCAAUCCAAAUGCAAUAUCAAUCUUAACACCUAUUUAUAUAACUAAUAGAAAGUAUUUCAAAGAAGCAUUUGAUUAUCUAGGAAAAAAUGAUGAUCCAUUGUUCGCACGAAUGAUACACAAUUAUUUACGCUGGCGUCUUAUAUGGACUUACAUCGAUGAUCUCUCUUACGAUUACAUUCAUGCACAUCGCACAUAUAUCGAUGCGUAUUAUGGUUAUGCAUUACACACAACAAAUGAAGCGUAUUGCACGCGCGAAGUCAUUCGUCGAUUUCCAUUAGCAAUUCAACGUUUAUACAUAAUGAAUUCUACACAAGUAGCCGGUGCCACAACGACUGCUGAAACGAUUUUUACUGCAUUGAAGAAUGGAUUGCUCACAUACGUAAAUGAACGUGCGACAUGGAUGGCUGAUGAGCCAACGAAAACUGUUGCACGAGAAAAGAUCAACAAAUUAACCGCUGCAAUUGGUUAUACGAAAAUUGUGUCGACUGAUGAGUCAUUGAAUACUUAUUAUGAAACAUUUGUUAUUUCGGAUGAGUCGCAUUUCAUGAACACAAUCAAUUACCAUCGUUUUCAUCGAUGGACUUUAUCGGCUUCACUGGCAGAUCCAAUGAUGCUUGAUCAUUGGGAUUUAUUCGAAUCACGAACUAGUCGAUUGUUUGAUUACAUUGCCGUGUUCAAUCAACUCUUCGUAAUUGCUAGUGGAUUACGCGAACCACUUAUUGACUCACAGUGGCCAAUGUCUGUAAAUAUGGGAUCGAUAGGCGUUCUCCUAGCUCAAAAGCUUUUCGCCAGCAUUGAUGGCCCAGAAGGUCGUGCACAUCUAGCAAACGGCACACGUUACGACUGGUGGCAAUCGCCGACCAUCGACGGUUAUAAUAAAAGUCGUACUUGUAUAACCAAUUAUUAUGUCAACGAUGUCAAAUCCGUCAGCUACAAUAUAAAUGGUGCUCAAAUUCAAGUUCGACUGGCCGGUGAACCGUUUUCUCCCACCACUCUUCGACAUAUCGGUGCUCUUCGCUUCGCAUACAAUGCUCUGAUGAAGACUGAUUCAAUCAAAUUACCUGGAACAGACCAUACAUCGGCACAAACCUUCUUUCUUGCUUAUGCUCAAACACAGUGUUACCAAAGACAAGAACUCCUACAACUAGUACGCACGCAACUAGGUAUUUACGAUGAAAGAAUAGCAUUAAAUGCUGCUCUUUUCCACAUGCCAGAGUUCACCAGCGCAUUUCAAUGCCCAGCACGACCAGAACAAUGCUUUGACUAA